AAUUACCAUGAGAUACCUAACACAGUCCAAAAAUCAGCGUGGUAAAAUGGCUCACGCUUGAGGGCCUUAUCUGCAACCUCCGAAUCAGCAUUUAAUUGGCACUCGAAUAUGAAUGACAGUGUACUUGAGUCUGGUUUUUUCCUCCCACCCUUCCAGAGGUUUCAUACACCUGAAAGAAGAGAAUGUCAAGACGCAGUAGCCGUUUACAAGCUAAGCAGCAGCCCCAACCCGGCCAGACAGAUUCCUCUCAAGAAGCCCAGGUAAUCCAGGCCAAGAAGAGAAAAACAACCCAGGAUGUCAAAAAAAGAAAAGAGGAGGUCACUAAGAAACAUCAGUACGAGAUUAGGAAUUGUUGGCCACCUGUAUUAUCUGGGGGGAUCAGUCCUUGUGUUAUCAUUGAAACACCCCACAAAGAAAUAGUAACAAGUGACUUCUCCAGAUUUACAAAUUACAGAUUUAAAAAUCUUUUUAUUAAUCCUUCACCUUUGCCUGAUUUAAGCUGGGGAUGUUCAAAUGAAGUUUGGCAAAAUAUGUUGAAAAAAGAGACCAGAUAUACCAGAUAUGUUCAUGACAAGCAUUUUGAAGUUCUCCAUUCUGACUUGGAACCACAGAUGAGGUCAAUACUUCUAGACUGGAUUUUAGAGGUAUGUGAAGUAUACACACUUCACAGGGAAACAUUUUAUCUUGCACAAGACUUUUUUGAUAGAUUUAUGUUGACACAAAAGGAUGUAAAUAAAAAUAUGCUUCAGCUCAUUGGAAUUACUUCUUUAUUCAUUGCUUCCAAACUUGAGGAAAUCUACGCUCCUAAGCUCCACGAGUUUGCUUAUGUCACUGAUGGUGCUUGCAGUGAAGAGGAUAUCUUAAAGAUGGAACUCCUUAUAUUAAAGGCUUUAAAAUGGGAACUUUGUCCUGUAACAAUCAUCUCCUGGCUAAAUCUCUUUCUCCAAGUUGAUGCUCUUAAAGAUGCUCCUAAAGUUCUUCUACCUCAGUAUUCUCAGGAAAAGUUCAUCCAAGUAGCUCAGCUUUUAGAUCUGUGUAUUCUAGCCAUCGAUUCAUUAGAGUUCCAGUACAGAAUAUUGGCUGCUGCUGCCUUGUGCCAUUUUACCUCUACUGAAGUGGUUAAGAAAGCCUCAGGUUUGGAAUGGGAUGACAUUUCUGAAUGUGUAGACUGGAUGGUGCCUUUUGUCAAUGUAAUAAAAGGUACUAGUCCAGUGAAGCUGAAGGCUUUUAAGAAGAUUCCUGUGGAAGACAGACACAAUAUUCAGACACAUUCAAAUUAUCUAGUUAUGCUGGAUGAAGUAAAUUAUAUAAACACCUUCAGAAAAGGGGGACAGUUGUCACCAGUGUGCAAUGGAGGCAUCAUGACACCACCGAAGAGCACCGAAAAACCAGGAAAACACUAAAGUUACUAAGCAGAAAAGUUGAAACUGACUGAGUAUAUGGUAGAAUUUCACAGAAAUCAACUACUAAAGUUUUACACCAAAAUAUGCUGUGAUUGUCCUAGCCAAUUCAGAAGUUACACUGCCGUUCUUUGGUUAAAAGGCCACUUAAAAUUGGUACUAAGGGGGAAAUUUAUUUAAUUCCUAUGUUAGCCGUUAAAGAAACAGCAGGACUUGUUUACAAAGAUGACUUCAUUCCCAUGGUGACUGGAUAGAAGCCAGCUGCAAUUUAUGCCAUAGCAACAUUUUUCUUGGAUCCAGUGUUACUAUGUUUGUUAUCUUGAUAAACUAGGAAUUUUAUUAUUGGAGUUUUGGACUAGGUAAGUGCUACCUUAAAGGGUACAUUAGGUGAAUAUAGUACUUUGAAUCUAGCUUUUAGAUUCUCAAAAUUCAUGCACUCUGACUAGUGCAAUUUGGUUCUUAAAAUUUAAACUUGUUUACAAAGGUUUAGUUAUGUAAUAAGGUAACUAAUUUAUCUACAGCUGCUGUAGCAAGCUGUUAUAAAACUUGAAGUUUUACAAAUGAUAAACUUUAAUCUGUUUUUAACUAGUUUUUUUGGCUUGCCAUAGUGUAUUUUUUUAGCAAUGAGGCUUAAAAGAACAUGGUGUUUAAACUGCUCUAAACAGUGGGAGUACCAAAGAAAUUAUAAACAAGAUAAAUGUUUUGACUCCUACUUGGGGCUCUGACAGAUAGAUAGGUUGCUGUUUGAUAACCUUUUUGUAUACCACAGUUUGGGUGAAAAACAAAUACCUUUUAAAACUAUUUAUACGAAAAAGUCACUUUAUUACUCUAAGAUGUCCCUAAGGAUUUUUAAUUUAGUGUGACUACAGCUUUAUUUAUAUUCCUAAAAUUGUUAAGGCCCUUUUAAAAAUCUACAUUAUGAUAUAAGGACAGUGUCAAAGUGAUAAAAGCUUAACACUCGACCUAAACUUCUAUUUUCUUAAGGCAGAAGAGUAUUAAAU